AUGUGGGCAGGAAUAUGCCGAUUCUCCGAGCCACUGGCGUUCAACUCCAUCCUCGCGUAUUCGUUUGUGAUGGUCCAGGACUUGGGCAUUCAUGAACGAGAUGCCUCUUUCUACGCUGGACUGUUGGUCUCCGCGUAUGCCAUCGCGGAGGCAAUCACUGCCCCUGGGUGGGGUAUGAUCUCGGACGUUUACGGCCGGAAGCCUGUCGCCCUGAUUGGUCUACUUGGAGUCGCCAUGUCGAGUAUCGUCUUCGGAAUGGCGAAGACGUACUGGGUCGCGCUGCUUGCACGGUUCAUUGGUGGUGCUCUUAACGGAAACGUUGCUAUCAUGCAGACUAUGGUAGCGGAAAUGGUCAAGAAUCCCGCCCACGAACCACGUGCAUAUGCAACGCAACCCUUCGUUUGGACGCUGGGUGGUAUUAUCGGCUCAGCAAUGGGCGGUUUCCUUGCGCAGCCGGCCAAGUUCUACCCGGGUGCUUUUUCCCAGGAUGGCAUUUUCGCGAAGUACCCUUAUCUCCUGCCUAAUCUGGUAGCGGCUGUUGGAAUUCUUGCCGCAAUCCUGCAAGGAAUGCUUUUCCUUGAGGAGACUUUGGUUCGUGAAGAAAAGGAAGAUGAGAACGGCAUCCAUCAAGAUCAUCACGAUGCAGUCAGCGAGCGAAGCCGACUUUUGCCUCCCCAUGGCCAACCCCACAGCUAUGGACCUCAAGGCGGCCGUCAGGUUCGUGGAUCCAUGGUUGGCUCAGUCCGAGAGCGAGGCUCAAUUGCAAGCUUCACGCGUGAGCGAUUAGCAUCCAUGUCUGUCGCUGGAAGCAUGCGGCAGAUUCGCAAGCGAGCAUCGUUCCUCGAGGAAGGAAUGCCAAGCAUCGUCGACCAGCGCUUCGAUAUCCGUCGCGAGUCUUUUGGUACUAUGCACUCGAUCAGGAUCCAGCCACACCAUGUACUGCCUACUCGAGGACAGCCGGCCCCAGUUCCGCGUAAGACGUUCAACAAGACUGUUGCCAUGGUCAUCUUUUCUAUGGCGCUUUUCGCGUUUCAUCAGAUGGCAUAUAUCUCGGUCCUUCCUGUGUACAUUCUGGAUCCGCCACAGUCAAAGGGCUUGGACUUCCAAGGCGGACUCGGUAUGACCCUACACGAUGUCGGCGCUUUCCUUGCGAUCAAUGGCUUCAUUACCCUUUUCGUCCAAGGAUUCAUUUUCCCCAUCUUCGUCGAGCAUGUUGGCGUCUGGAAUUCGUACAUCUGGAUGAUCAUCUUAUACCCGAUCACGUACAUCAUGGUCCCCUUCGUCAGCGGACUUCCUACCGAAUUCGAGUCGUACGGACUGUAUGUCUCGCUUCUCCUACAGGCGUUCUUCGGUAUCAUUGUUUUCCCAUGCGCAUUGAUCCUCAUGAAGAACGCCACGCCAUCUCCGCUGGUUCUGGGUCGUGUAAACGGAAUGGCCAUGUCCGCAUGCUGUCUUGCUCGCACCAUUUCCUCGCCCCUGGUCGGUCUUAUCUAUUCGCUUGGUGGUUCUGCAGCCGCUUGGUGGGGUCUUGCGAUCGUGUCAGUUAUUGGGAUAAUCCAGCUUUACUGGGUACCUAAGGAGUAUGUUGGUCCAGUCGAAAUAGAGAACGGCCUGAAGAGGGCAUUGCAUCAUGACGAAGACGACAACGCGGUGGAUGACAUCUCGGUCAUUGAGUCUGUUCGAUAGUACCGACCAAAUUUCACGUGAGCGGGUUUGGCAUGGGCGACUGGUAAUAAUUUGGUGGCAUGAAGCUUGACAGUCUAGGUCACUGCAUGGUUGUUAGGCGUUCCGGUCCAUCUCUGGAAACUUCGCAUUUGGCUCGUAGCUCCCUUUUGGAGCCGCACAUCGACCUCACAUCAUUUUCCAGCAGCCUUAUCAUGCAUGCUAGCAUCUUGCAUUGCGAGUCAAAAGCCUUUGUAUCUUCUUCCU